UGUUCUCAAACCUGAAAUUGAAAUUUUGAAUCAAACCAAUCUGGAGGCAUUUUCAUAUAUAAGUUUGCAGCAGACUGACAGGUUACUGUUUGGAUAUCAAAUCCAUCAAUCCAAUAUAUAAACACAUAUAGUGUUCUUUCCCCCUAUAUGUGUGCACAUAUAAACCGAUAUAUAUCAGAAUCUCCGGAACAUGGCUAAACCUUGAUACUGGUAUCACUGACAGGUAGGGCUAUCGUUUCUUUGACUGGAUUUGUCACCUCAGGAGACUUGAACAUUGUCCAUGCGUAUCACGUUGCAUAGGUCAGUGAAGUUUGCAAGUGCAGAUACCGCGUUGUGUGAGUUAAAAUUUAAAAUUCUGGAAGCAAAGCACGCACCUACUCCAGGUUGUGCAGAGGAUUUAUAUGAGCGCACAGUCGCACACUUCUCCGCAGCACUAGACAAGGAGAAUAAACUCAUCAUCCCCAUUAAUUUCAGGCCGGCGAGGAGUUCAGCACUUACUGUGGGAAUCCGACUGAUCGACGUUCAGCAACUUCAAGGUAUCUUGCAAGCACCAACUUGCAUAUCACGUCGACCUGUUUCAGAAGGUUGCAAGAGACCACCAUGGUUAAGAGGAGCGACAACAUGGACAGCUCCAGUGAAUGUUCUAGAGGAGCCCAUAAAAGGCUUCUGCAGGACAGUAGGAGCUAUGACCAGGAGAACGCUAUGAAAAAGGUUUGCAUCGGAACAAGAACUGAGUACACAUAUGCACCAUAUCAUGAUGGGUACCAGUGGAGAAAAUACGGGCAAAAGAUGAUCCGGGGCAACUCCUUCCCAAGGUGCUACUACAGGUGCACGUACCAUCAGGACCAUGGCUGUCCAGCGAGCAAGCACGUGGAGCAGCACAACUCGGAGGACCCGCCUUUGUUCCGGGUGAUCUACACCAACGAGCACACAUGCGGCACCAGCAAUUCUGCCUCCGAUUACAUGGCUUCCUCCAUGCAAAUCCAGCAGAUUGCCGACGCCUCCUUGAGAAAGGCACAGGCGGCGGAAAGACUGAGAAAGGCAGAGGUGGAAACACCUCGCCUGAUGCAUUCUCCUCCUCCUCGCUGCAGCGGCGGCUACAACAUGGCGAUGAAAGAAGAGAAGGAUGUGAUCGUCUCCUCGCUGCUCACCGUCAUCAGAGGCUGUCACAUUGCAGAAUCAGCUGGUAAUAAUAGCGCCGCUGCUUUGCCGGUAAACAGGCCGCCGCCGGCGGUGGCCAGAAGCGACCAUUACAGCUGCAGCUAUGCGAUUUCGCCUGAAUUGUUGCCGGCGUCCGACGACCUGACACUGGACUUCAUGCUGGAUUCAGUACUGGAUCCCCACUGGGUCGAGCCUCUGGAUUUGGCUUGGCUCAAAGAAUCCACGCACACUGGUUGAGUGGAAUUAAUUCAUUGGCAUACUAAAAAGGGUCUUUGCUUUUGGUCUAGCUUUUCAUAAAAGAAAGUAUAUUAUAUCCACUUUUGCAGAAAAUAUACAUGUCGAUCUAGUGUAUAUAUGCACAGCUCUUUUUUUAGCUAAAUUUAAUAUACUAUAUAUACCAUAUGAAUGAUAAAGGAGGGUAUGUGCAGUAAGCUUUAAGCAUAGCUGCAUAUAUGCAGCAACGUUUUGAUUUAGUUUUC